UCGAUCAGCCGCCUCCUGCACAUCUACUGGGGAUGUGCCCGCAACCCAGUAGACUAAAAACAGGAAAACAUUAUGGAGGCAGAUAUAAUCGCAGAUCUUCGACGCAAGCUCAAAGAGGCUGAAGAAGAGCGACUAAAAGCUGCACAAUAUGGUUUACAACUGGUGGAGAGCCAAAAUGAAUUGCAGGCACAAUUAGAUAAAUGUCGGAAUGAAAUGAUGACCGUAACUGAGAAUUAUGAGCAAGAAAAAUAUACUCCUCAGAGAGAAGUUGAGCUCAAGAGUCGAAUGUUAGAAAGUUUGAGUUCUGAAUGUGAAGCUAUUAAACAAGAUCAAAAAAUACACCUGGAGAAAUUAGAAGAACAACUGAGCAGAACCCAUGGACAGGAAGUGAAUGAACUAAAAAACAAGGUAGAGAAACUAAAAGCGGAAUUGGAUGAAGCUAGGCUUAGUGAAAAGCAGCUGAAGCACAAAGUAGAUCAUCAGAAGGAACUCCUCUCUUGUAAAUCAGAGGAAAUUCGGGUAAUGUCUGAACGUGUGCAUGAAAGCAUGUCUUCAGAGGUGCUGGCUCUUCAAAUUGAACUGACAGAAAUGGAAAGUAUGAAGACCACCCUCAAGGAAGAAGUGAAUGAACUGCAGUACAAACUAGAACAACUAGAACUUCUUAAUUCUAAUCUAAUGCGCCAGGUCGACCGGCUUACAAAAGAAAAAGAGGAGCGAGAGAAAGAAGCGGUUUCUUAUUAUAAUGCCUUAGAGAAAGCUCGUGUAGCAAAUCAAGAUCUUCAAGUGCAAUUAGACCAAGCACUCCAGCAAGCUCUGGACCCCAGUAGUAAAGGCAACUCUUUGUUUGCAGAGGUGGAAGAUCGAAGGGCAGCAAUGGAACGAAGGUUUAUCAGUAUGAAAGUCAAGUAUCAGUCACUAAUGAAGCAAAAUGCAUUUAAUAGAGAACAGAUGCAAAGAAUGAAGUUACAAAUCGCCACAUUGUUACAAAUGAAAGGGUCUCAAACUGAAUUUGAGCAACAGGAACGGUUGUUUGCCAUGUUGGAGCAGAAGAAUGGUGAAAUUAAACAUCUCCUAAGUGAAAUUAGAAAUCUGGAGAAAUUUAAGAGUUUAUAUGAAAGUAUGGAAUCUAAGCCUUCAGAGAACUCUGGUACUCUGAAAGAUACUACCUAUUACAUGGAUUUACUUCAGAUAAAGCUUGACAACUCAAACAAAGAAAAUGAAAGCACUAAAGGGGAAUUGUCCAUACAACAAAUGAAUGCAUUAUUUGAGAGCCAGCGGGCUCUGGAUAUUGAGCGAAAACUUUUUGCCAAUGAAAGAUGCCUCCAGUUUUCCCAAAGUGAAAAUAUGAAACUGAGAGCUAAAAUAGAUGAGUUAAAACUAAAGUAUGAACCUGAAGAGAAAAUUGAGGUGCCUGUACUCAAAAAGAGGCGUGAGGUACUGCCUGUGGAUAUAACCACCCCUAACAAUGUAUGUUCUAACGAUGCUGUUGGGGAAGAAGUUUCUAGAUCACCAUCUCAGAAAGAGGAGGCACAGUCCUGUCCUAGCAACUUAAAAGAUAACAACUUACAGUUAGAAAAGACAGUUGCUGUAAACAUACCAGGAAUUACUCUCUCUCCUCACAAAAACCUGACUGUGAACAUUCAGCCAACGAAGGAAAAGAAAUGUGUGAAACUUGUAGAAGUUCCAGCCAUGAGUGAAAGAAGUGGAAACUCCCCUGGAAACUCCCCUGACUCUCGCAGAAUUCAGAGUGGGUGCUUUAAUGCCUGUAGGUUAGCUGCUGAAUCAAAGCUUCAAACAGAAGUUAAGGAAGAAAAAGAAACUGCAAGAAAAUUGGAAAAGAAAACUUGUAAGAAAUCACACCCUGUUCUAUACGUGUCCUGUAAAUCAACUCCAGAAACUCAGUGCGCUCAGCAGUAAAGACUAAUCUUUAAGAAGAGUAAAGUUAAGACUUGCCCAAAAGGUUGCUUUGG